CGAUUGAACGUAAACUAAACUUCCCAGCAAGCAGCGCGCUAGCCUGGGAAUCCGGACAAGAUGGCGGACCCGGAGAGUGUACCGCCGGCAGCUCCUUCAGCGGCCCCGAUUUCUUUCGGUUUCACUCGCACGUCUGCCCGGAGGCGACUGACAGACCCCAGAGAUGGCGAAGGACGAGCCUCUGAGGAGAAAGAUUUCUUGACGACCGUGGAAGGGAGGGAGCUGCAGAGUGUGAACCCUCCAGAAGCCCCCAAGGAGCUGGUCAUCCCAUUGAUCCAGAAUGGCUCUCGAAGGCAACCACUGGCCAAGAGCAGUAAGCCCUCCUCAGAAACUGUGUUGAUGUCAGAUGGCGUGCUGUCCCUGGCUGUGAAGGAGCUCAUUGAGGAAUCCAAGAAGUCCCUGGAGGAGAGGGAGAAUGCAGGUGUUGACCCCACGCUCACUAUCCCCAUGAUCCAGAAAGGAUGCAAUGCCAGUGGGGAAGGAACAGACAGCGAACCUCAGGCUGAGACAAUGCCAGAGGAAGCCGACUAUGAGGCAGUUCCUGUGGAGGCCUAUGGGCUGGCCAUGUUGCGGGGCAUGGGAUGGAAACCUGGCAAGGGCAUCGGCAAUACUUUCAGUCAAGUCGUGAAGCCCCUAGUCAACUCUCUAAGGCCGAAAGGCUUAGGGCUGGGUGCCAACCUGAUGGAGGCCAAGGCUUUGACCUCCACUGGCUCUCACCACCCACCAAGACCAGAUGGGGAUCGAGAGAAGGAUAAGGAAGGGUUGAUGCCUGGAGGAGCUGUGGUGGUCCUUUCUGGCCCUUUCCGGGGUCUCUAUGGGAAGGUAGAAGGCCUUGAUCCUGACAAUGUACGGGCCAUGGUUCGGCUGGCAGUAGGCAACCGCGUUGUGACUGUUAGUGAGUAUUGCCUACAGCCUGUUUCCCAGCAGGAGUUUGAUAGCCACGCCUCACAGCCAGGUCACAUGAGCAAAACUUCCACAGAGCAGCAGAACAGAACAACUGGAACAACCUUGUCAUUGAAGGCCGUGCAGAAUCAGACAGACUCAAAGAGAAGGCAGGAUUCAGAGAGGAAGCGGAAACAUCCCGCAGACCGACAGGAUGCACCUGGGGCAAAGAGUGAGAAAGCAACGUCUAAGAACAAGCAUUGGCUGCACAGGGACUUACGUGUGCGGUUCAUUGACAAACUGCACAAGGGUGGCCGGUAUUAUAACACCAAGAUGACAAUUGAAGAUGUCCUGAGCCCAGGUACAUGUGUGUGUCGGACAGAUGAAGGCCGAGUUCUAGAAGGCGUGAGAGAAGACAUGCUAGAAACCCUGAUUCCCAAGGCAGAAGGCCACCGUGUGAUGGUGGUGCUGGGAGCCCAUGCUGGAAAGGUGGGAUUUCUCCUGAGUCGGGACAGCAUGAAGAGUCAGGCUUUGGUACAGCUUGGGAGAGAGAGCCAGGUGGUGGAGUUCCACUAUGAUGCUGUCUGCCAGUAUGUGGGCCCCAGGGCCUCAGAUGAAGACUGACAUGUGGACCACUGCCAUCACCCAGCCUGCCACUAGUUGUGUAGCAAUCUACAACGGAUGCCAUGUCCUCCUUUCAGGGGCAAGGACAGGGACGUGAGUAGAUAGAAAAUUUAGAGUAUAAUAAAAACCAUUUUUAAAAGUGGGGAGGUGAAAUCAAAACCACUGUGAGCUGUGAAUUCAGGUGGAACUGACAUGACUGAGGUGGAAACUACUUCAUUUCUUUUCCCUGCUCAGGGCGCAGGGCAAGUUAAAUUACCCAUCCAAUACAGAGCUCACCCUUGGAACCUAGAAACUAUGAAAUCUGUCCCCAGACAAAAACUAUAGACUCUCCAGUGCUACAUCUCAGAACAGCUUCCUGAGUUUGGAUCGUGAAUGACUUUCAAAGGCCCAUAUCUUUCUUUUUAAAUGUAUUAUAUUUUUAGUUAUAUGUAUGCGUGUGCCUGUGUGAGAGUGUGUGGUUAUGAGUACAAAUACUUUCAGAAACCAUGAGUGUUAAAUCCUCCUGGAACUGAAGUUACAGGCAAUUGCAAGCUGCCAAACAUGGGUGCUAGGAACCAAACUUGUGUCCUUUGAAAAAGCAGCAAGCACUCUUCACCACUGAGCCAUCUCUCCAGCCCAUAUAUCUGUAUCUUAAAGGAUUCUAACCAAGGAUGAUGCUAGUACCACCUGUUUUUUGACCUUUGAGAGAUAAAGACCUGGUAGAAAUUACUUAGAUCAUGACUUAGAACCUCCAAAACUGUGAACCAAAAUAGACUUUUCCUCCUUAUACUUUAAUUAUAUCUGGUAGUUUGUCAGACUAAGGGAAAACUGACUACUGCUCCCACCAAGAACUCUAGUAAGGGAAUCUGUUAUCCUUGAUCCAGGGCAGACCUCUAGGAAUGCCACUGAGCUGAUGAUGCCCUGAAGAAUUAGUUACUUCUAAUUCUCAAAGGAGCCAGUCACUUGUAGUCCCAAAACAUUACCUUGGAGGUUAAAAGAAAUUUCUGUCCUAAGUGACUGUGUUGUAAAAAAAAAGUUAUUGUUGAGAAUGCUGAACCUUUUCCCUGCAUAAAGGCUCAAGAUAAUCAACAAGAGAAAUCAGAGCCUUAGACACAAUUGCUUCUAAAUCAUCCUUGAAGCUUAAGUCAUUCAUGCAGUAAAUGGUAAUUGACUUAGAUCUGGGCCACAGGUAAAAAUACCUAAUCUGUCAGCCUGUGGCACACACUGAAAAGAAUCAAAACCCCCCAGAACAGGAUGACAAGCGGAUGGAGCUCAGUGUGUGCCUAGCAUAUAUAAAGCCUUGGGUGCAUCCCCACUACCACCAGGAAAAAAGGAACCAGAGGCAAACUAAACUGACCAAAAUGAACAGACAUAAAGAAUCACCAAAUGUGAUAGCACAUGCCUGUAAUCUAGACAGGAAGAUUUCCGUGAGUUCUAGGACAGUCUAAGCUUCAUCAAAAGACCCUUUCUUCAAAAACUAAAAAAACAAAUGUGCUGGGUGUGAUAGCAUAUACCUUUUGAUCCUAGCACUCAGGAGGUAGAGAUAGGCAGAUCUCCAUGAGUGUAAGGCCAGCCUGAUCUACAGAAACAAGUUCGAGGUUGGUCAGGGCUACAUAGUAAGAUCCUGUCUCAAAAUAGAAAUAAGGGGAGUGUGACUUUUCUCCUUCCUAUUAUCCCUUUUAUGUCUCUUGUCUAAUUGCUAUAGCCAAGACUUUAACACUGUAUAAAAUAAGAUAGGGGCAAGUGGGCAUCUUUCCUUAUCUCAUUCCUGAUUUUAGAGGGAAUGUUCAGUAUGCCUCCAUUUAAUAUAAUGUUGGUUUAUUGUAUAUAGUCCUUCUUAUUUUGAGGCAUUUGCCAUCUAUUCUUACAGACCCCAGAGCUUUUAUCACAGAAAACUUGUUGAACUUUGUCAAAUGUGUUUUCAGCAUCAACGAAAUAAUUAAUGUGAUUUCUGUCCUUUGUUUAUAUGAUGUAUUCCAUUUACUGCUGUCUGUAUGUUGAAACAACUUUGCCUUUUUGGGAUGGAGCCCACUUGGUCAUAAUGUGUGUAAUCUUCUCAAUGUAUUCCUGAAUUCAGUUUGUAAGCAUUUUGUUAAGAAUUUUUGCAUCUUUAAUCAUCAAAAAAAAUGGUCUGUGUGUUUUUUCUUUCUCUCUCUCUUUCUCUCUGUCUCUGUCUCUGUCUCUCUCUUUCCUCCUCUUCCUCCUCCACCUUCUCUCUUUUCUUCUUGCCUUUACCUUGUUUUGGUAUCAAGAUGAUUGUGGCUUCUUGAUGACAUGAUUCUUUACCUAAAAGACCCUAUUGGGCCUGCUAGGAAACUCAUGGACCUAAUAAACACAUAACAAUAA